AUUAUGCGGCCGUAAACACUGAUCUAAAGUCAGUUUAUUUGAUUUAUUCUCCAAGUGGUAAAUUAGGAUUGUGGUAUUAUAAACUGAUGUAAGAUCUGCUUUAGAGACAUCAUCUGAUUGAUUGAAUGAAUGGAUCAUGUGAGAACGGCCAAGGCCAGUUGCUGUGGAAACGUGAAUGGAGUCAACUCGUUUCGUGAUGGAAGAUAUUCAACAAAGAAAAAUGUCCCAUAACCAUGGGCUAGAGCUGAAUCUUCGCCAUCAUUAAACCAGAGGGCCACCGCCUAGCCUGGCCACCCCAGCCACAUGAUGCUCCAACAGGCAGGCUCUGUGCAGCUUCUCUGCCUCACUGCCAACAGUGGGGUUCCUUUCUUCACCCGGGGGGCCUCUAAGCAACUCCCCUUCUCCAUCAUCGGCUCCCUGAACGGUGUGCACAUGUUCGGAGCGGGCCAGGGGGUGGUGCUGGCUGGCUGUGAGACUGAUCGUGGAGGCCGGAUGGUGUGGAGGGUAUUUCAGGACAGCGUGAUGCUCAUAGCAGUGAGCAGCGGUAGGCAGGCCCAGCAGGAAGGUGGUGGUGCAGGUGAAGAAGACCUCCACCUGCGGCGCCUGCUGGAGAACGUGUGGAACUGCAUGGUGCUGGUGCUGGGGCAGGAUGAGCUGGCCAGCUUGAGGAACGUGGAGCGGCUGAAGAGGGACCUGCGCUCCUGCUACCGCCUCAUCGACCAGCUCCUAGAGGGGGGACAAGGACAGGAGGGCAUUAUGGGGGACCUGACGCAUUGCGCGGACUGCCUGCUGCCCCCCAAUGCCACCCUGCUUCAGGAGGGCCUAGACGGCUUUACCCAGGCAGCAGAUAGCGAGUUUGGCUGCCUGAUGGUCCACGGACGGAUAGCCACUGCCACGGAAAAAUGGUGGCGUCUGGCGCCGCAGGAAGUGGUUCUCCUAUCCGUUCUGACCCGCUCUCUCUCCCUCUCAGGCUCUGCAUCCUGUGACACCCCUGUCUUCCUGCCCCAGGGCAGCCCCACCGUGGCACAUCGCCUGCUCCGCUUCCAGCUGCUUCCGGGAGUGGAUGUGUGCGUGCUGUGCGGCCCCAGUCCCACCCUGCACAGGGCUGAGAGCGAGCUGGUGGGUUGUUUCUGGUCUCCUCUACUGGAGGCCCUGAGAGGCAGCCUGGCCGUGGGGGAGCGCUGCCUGCCAGGCUCUGUGACCCUCCGCCCUGAUGUCCUGGCUCUGUUGCUCAUCAACAGAGAGUCCCGUCGCUCUGUCUCCUGUGUGAAGGCCAUCAUUACUAACCCCAACCAUCCUCCCAGUGACCAUCCUCUGCCCUCCAAGGCACGCUGCUGGGAGCUGCUCAGGCUCUUCUACACUUUCACCACCACUCGCUACUUUCCUCUGGAGGAGACCCCGGCCCUGACCCCAGGGGAGAAGGCCCAACGUGGGGACUCCCUCCGGGAGGACUUUGCCCUGGGCUUCUCCCACCAGCCGCUGCAGUGCUACCUGGUGACUGAGGAGUGUAAGUGUUUUGGCCUGCAGACUGCCCAACAUCAGCUCUACCUGCUCACCCCUCUCUCAGUGCCUACCUUCGCCCUAAGCUCCGUGGCUACACAGACCCUCUCCGCCAUCACUUUAGCCACAGGAUUUUAGGCCAUAUUUUAUAAUGGGCAUGGGCACAUUGCUGUGAAACCUAGGGAUAGCAUUACACUGUUCACUAUAUGUACCACUUCUCAGGUGUGAAUGGGGAGCAGGUGUGUUAAAUUUGGUGUCAUUGCUCUCACACUCCCUCAUACUGACUUGGUCGUACAUUGUAGCAAAGUGUCAUUUCUUCAGUGUUGAAAAGUCAUACUCAAAUAUUUACACAAAUGUGAGGGGUGUACUCACUUUUGUGAUAUACUGUGUUAUAUAUAUAUAUACAGUGCCUUGCGAAAGUAUUCGGCCCCCUUGAACUUUGCGACCUUUUGCCACAUUUCAGGCUUCAAACAUAAAGAUAUAAAACUGUAUUUUUUUGUGAAGAAUCAACAACAAGUGGGACACAAUCAUGAAGUGGAACGACAUUUAUUGGAUAUUUCAAACUUUUUUAACAAAUCAAAAACUGAAAAAUUGGGCGUGCAAAAUGAUUCAGCCCCUUUUACUUUCAGUGCAGCAAACUCUCUCCAGAAGUUCAGUGAGGAUCUCUGAAUGAUCCAAUGUUGACCUAAAUGACUAAUGCUGAUAAAUACAAUCCACCUGUGUGUAAUCAAGUCUCCGUAUAAAUGCACUCCAUGAGGGUGGUAUGAGGGCCCGCCGUCCACAGGUGGGGGUUGUGCUUUACAGCCCAACACCGUGCAGGAUGUUUGGCAUUUGCCAGAGAACACCAAGAUUGGCAAAUUCGCCACUGGCGCCCUGUGCUCUUCACAGAUGAAAGCAGGUACACACUGAGCACAUGUGACAGACGUGAAAGUCUGGAGACGCCGUAGAGAACGUUCUGCUGCCUGCAACAUCCUCCAGCAUGACCGGUUUGGCGGUGGGUCAGUCAUGGUGUGGGGUGGCAUUUCUUUGGGGGGCCGCACAGCCCUCCAUGUGCUCGCCAGAGGUAGCCUGACUGCCAUUAGGUACCGAGAUGAGAUCCUCAGACCCCUUGUGAGACCAUAUGUUGGUGCGGUUGGCCCUGGGUUCCUCCUAAUGCAAGACAAUGCUAGACCUCAUGUGGCUGGAGUGUGUCAGCAGUUCCUGCAAGAGGAAGGCAUUGAUGCUAUGGACUGGCCCGCCCGUUCCCCAGACCUGAAUCCAAUUGAGCACAUCUGGGACAUCAUGUCUCGCUCCAUCCACCAACGCCAUGUUGCACCACAGACUGUCCAGAAGUUGGUGGAUGCUUUAGUCCAGGUCUGGGAGGAGAUCCCUCAGGAGACCAUCCGCCACCUCAUCAGGAGCAUGCCCAGGCGUUGUAGGGAGGUCAUACAGGCAUGUGGAGGCCACACACACUACUGAGCCUCAUUUUGACUUGUUUUAAGGACAUUACAUUAAAGUUGGAUCAGCCUGUAGUGUGGUUUUCCACUUUAAUUUUGAGUGUGACUCCAAAUCCUCCAAAUCCAGACCUCCAUGGGUUGAUAAAUUUGAUUUCCAUUGAUAAUUUUUGUGUGAUUUUGUUGUCAGCACAUUCAACUAUGUAAAGAAAAAAGUAUUUAAUAAGAAUAUUUCAUUCAUUCAGAUCUAGGCUGUGUUAUUUUAGUGUUCCCUUUACUUUUUUGAGCAGUGUGUGUGUGUGUAUAUAUAUAUGUAUAUAUCAACAUGUCGAGUGCUUGAAACUUCAGUGCUGUUACUGUGUCUAUUUUCUUAUGAUCAUAAAUAGUUUUGACAUACGAUGUUUGUUUAAAAUAUUGUUUAAAACUCCUGUUUCUAUUGAGUUACUGCUGAUAGAGAUUAUGGGUUAUUUUCACUGUUUUUAUACAUCUAUGUGGAUGAAUGUAAUCUACUUUUGAGUUGUC